CAGUGACCUUGCAGACCACACAUAUUCUUCAGCCUUUUAGAAGCGAGGCUAAACACACAUAACAUGGUCAAAACAAGGCACCAAGAGGAGGUUGAGGCGGCUGGGGCUCCUGUAGCUGAAAAGAAGGUUAAGAAGGCCAAGGCGUCCGAGGAUGGCGCGGCACCGAAACGGAAACGUGCGACUGAGGUAGACGCAGAGCCGGCGGCCAUCGAAAAGCCCAAGAAGAAGAAGGCCGCGGCGGAGGCCGCUGACGGUGACGCCGCCCCUGCUAAGAAGGUAAAGAAGGUCAAGGCUGCGUCAGAGGACAGCGAGGAGCCUGUGAAGCCGCCGACGAAGCUCGCUGCAAUCACUGCCGCGACGCCCACGAGCGAGCUCGGCUUGGACCGCUUCAAGCUGUCGGAGCAGGUCAAGUCGAUGCUGCGAAGCCAAAACAUCGAGUCGCUCUUCCCCAUCCAAGCUAUGACGCUGGAGCCGGCCAUGGAGGGCCUCGACGUCGUCGGCCGCGCUCGUACGGGUUGCGGCAAGACGCUGGCCUUCACGGUGCCCGUCGUCGAGCGCAUUAUCGCGGAGCAGAAGAGUGGCAGCGGCAUCGGCCGCGGCGCCGGGCGCCUGCCCGUCUGCAUCGUCCUGGCUCCGACACGCGAGCUGGCCAAGCAGGUCCAGGAGGUGUUUGCCAACACCGGCAAGGCCGCCAACCUGUACACCAUGUGCGUGUACGGCGGCACGCCGUACGACGGCCAGGAGCAGGCGCUGUCUCGCGGCGUGGACGUGGUGGUGGGGACACCCGGCCGCGUCAAGGACCUGCUGGAGCGCGGCACACUCAAGCUGUCCAACAUCCGCUUCCGCGUGCUGGACGAGGUGGACCAGAUGCUUGCCAUGGGCUUCAUCGAGGACGUGGAGACCAUCCUGAAGCAGGGCGAGAACAACCGCGACCAGAUUCAGACGCUGCUGUUCUCCGCCACCCUGCCCAAGUGGGUGCAGGGCCUCACGCAGCGCUUCCUGCGCCCCGGCCACAAGUUCCUGGACCUGGUGGGCGACGACCGCAUGCAGGCGGCGGUGACUGUGAAGCACCUGAUGCUUCCCUGCUCCUACCCGCAGCGCGCGGGCCUGCUGAAGGACCUCAUCACCUCGUACGGCGCCGGCGGCCGCACCAUCAUCUUCACCGACUCCAAGAAGGAGGCGGCGGAGCUGUCCGUGGUGCUGGGAGACUCGCUGGGCGCGCAGGCCCUGCACGGCGACCUGGCUCAGUCGAUGCGCGAGCAGACGCUGGACGGCUUCCGCAAGGGCCGUUUCGCCAUCCUCAUCGCCACCGACGUGGCGGCCCGCGGCCUGGACGUGACGGGCAUUGAGCUGGUGCUCAUGGUGGACCCGCCCGCCGACUGGGAGACCUACAUCCACCGCUCGGGCCGCACCGGCCGUGCCGGCAGCAGCGGCGUGUGCGUGACGCUGGUCACCAAGAAGAUGGAGUACAUGGUGCCCAUCAUUGAGAAGCGCGCGGGCAUGAAGUUUGAGCGCAUCGGCGCGCCGCAGCCCGCCGACAUGGCGCGCAUCGCCGCCGAGCGCACGCUGUCGCUGCUGGGCGAGGUGGACCCCGCCGUGGUGGGCCACUUCCGCGAGGCGGCCGAGCGCUACCUCAGCGAGUCCGCCGCCGACGGCCGCGACCCGGCCGAGGCGCUGGCGCGCGCGCUUGCCAAGAUCACCGGCUACAAGGUGAUGAAGGCGCGCUCGCUGCUGACGGCGCACGACGACUGCACCACGCUGCUGUUCGAGUGCGCGGACCACACAAUCGAAAACCCCGGCAGCGUGUGGGGCCACCUGCGCAAGACGUGCCGGCUGGACGAGGGCCUGCUGGACCAGGUCAAGCGCAUGACGGUGACGGCGGACGGCAAGGGCGCCGUGUUCGACGUGCCCAGCGAGCACGUGCAGGCGUUCCUGGAGGCGGCGGAGGAGAAGCGCGGCAUCACGCUCACGCUGCCGUCGUCGCUGCCGGAGCUCAAGGUGCGGCCGGGAGAGGCCAACACCGGUGGCUUCGGCGGCGGCGGUUACGGUGGCGGCGGUUACGGCGGUGGCGGCUACGGUGGUCGCGGGGGCGGCGGCGGCUAUGGUGGCCGUGGCGGCUACGGUGGCGGCGGCCGCGGCGGCUCGGGUGGCUACGGCCGUGGCGGCGGCGGAAGCUUCGGCCGUGGCGGUGGCGGUGGCGGCUUUGGUCGCGGCGGUGCUGGCGGUCGCGGCGGCGGCCGUGGGGGCUUUGGCGGCCGGGGUCGGGGCCGCGGGUAGAUCCCAGUGUGACGCGUCUGCACUUUGAGCGCUAUGGUUUUGUGCGGCUGGCGAGUGUGGCGUGACUGCUGUUGAUCCGACACAGCGUGUCGAUGAGUGUGUCGGGUGACACGAGUGACGAGGUACGGUUAUGAGUUGCAUGGAGCGUGUGGAAGUCGCUCAUGUGCAAAUGUGUUGUAGCCUUGCGUGUAUUGACUCCGAUGACCUUGACGUAGCCUCGACAUCUAUAAAGAAUGUGUGUUUGUUUUGUACGGACUCGUGGAGGGAAGGCCUGGGUUGGUUGCUGUAUGAUGGCCCCAGAGCGUUUCACAGCUUGUAGGCGUGGACCAGCAGCAGGCAACGCAGCAGAUGGCGCUUUCGUUGUGAGCUGCCACUGAUGGGAGGCCGCUGCCACGUCACGUGAUUGGGCAGUGCUAGAGCACCGGAACUAGAAGAAUUGAUGCGAGCUUUGCGCGAGAGCUUGGUGUUCAGGUGUCUGAGGGCAGGUUUGAGAGGUUCUGAGGGACAGAUUUUUCUACCGAACGGGCAAUGAGUGCGGAAAGCAGCAGCUGCAUUAGGGCGAGCAGAAAUUGCGUCGGGGCGUCUGCGCUUGGCUUAGGCUGCGUGUGCAGCAAUAGGAGCAGAGAGGGCAGCCACACGUGCGGCAGCUAUGAUCCUCGGAAACAAGUGGACACCUUGGUGGACACACGGAUUACUGGAAUCCACGGCCCGCUGCCCUGUGUAAAUAAAGAAGCGGCGCAUACACAAGCUCGAACUGUGAAGUGCAUUGGUGCAAUUGGGCUUUGCAUGGAACUAGGCAAUGGGCGGGCUCAGGCAGGGCCGCAGGGGUUUACAUCCAACAUGACGAGUGGUGUGGAAACGAAUGCGUACGUAGACCAGAGCGGACGGCGGAGUGGGCUUGCAGGCGACACGAGAGUAGGCAGUCAGUAGCGCAAGUUGCGAAUUUACAUGUUACCUCGUAACCGACGGUAAACGCUG